AUGGGAUGGUUUGUUGGCAUGGCUCUUCUGACCCUCCUUUACAAGCAUUCACUGUACUUGUCUGAACACAAUUGGCUACCCUACAGUGUUCUCAGUGCAUUUGCCAUUGUGGGAGGAAUCCUUAUUCUCUACAUUCAGAAGGUAUGCCUUUUGCAUUUUGUAACCUUUAAACAUAGUCAACAACAAUAAGAACAACAAAAAUUUAAAAAAAACCAUUAUCAUUUGUUUAGCAGGCCAAAGAAUGCCAAAAUUAUAUAUACGUAUUAUUUUAUUGAUUGGAAACUGCACCACGGGCAGUGUCACAAAGGUCACGUGAACAGCUUUGUUGUCAAUAAUUAUCUAUGAUAAGCCCCUAGGGGAAUUAUUUACAAUUUACUGCAAUUUACAGCUGUUAGCUGCAGAUGCCCAAAUCCCUUUUAUGGUCUAUUUACAGGCUGUAAUAAUCAUCUCUACUUCAUUCGUGGGAGCAUUCAAGUUUGUCAAUGGCGUUGAUUACUUCGUGGAGAACUGCAAAGCCCUUUAUUACACUGUCAACAUCUUGCGUGGUAACAGUCUAAUUAGACAAUAAACUGAACAUUAAAAUAGUGAUAGAGUUGUCCCCAGUGUGGGGGUUUCACUUAGCAUGUGCAAAUCAUUUUUUGCAAAGUCUUUGCAUUCAAAAAUAUUUUUUUGGUAGAAAAAGUAGUUUGUAGUUUCCCAACUGCAAGGUGGAUUAUUGCAAGAUCUUUCAUUAUUAUCAAAAACAACUUUGUAAACCUUUGCAAACUAUAAAGAUAAUAACAAAAUAUAUGCAGCCUUAUAAGAAUUGUAACAUUCUGUUUUGAGCAUGUGCUGGUUUUUGUCCGCAUUUGCCCAUUCCAUGGGCAAAUGGUAAUUAGAGCAAAUUGGCUGGUUGAAGCAUGAGCUUUACUUUGAUUUGUUCGGUUAAAUAGAUUUUUGGUGAGCUGGCAACAUUUAGGCAAAAAUAUUAUUUUAAGCCAAAGCCUAAAAGUGGAGCCUAUGUGAAAUAUUACAAAGUUUCUUUGCUGGUUUGAUAAAAACCUGCUACCACUGCUGAAGUCUAGCUGGUCAUGACUUGGGAGGAUUUAUAUUAGCCAAGAUCGAAUGGCUUGUUCCUAAAACUUCACUUAAGUAUCAUCUGGAACUCAUUUACCACAUUUACAAGUCAUAUACCUCAUCACAUCACCACGAUAAAGUAAUUAUAAAAGCUUCGAUCUUGUAAGUGUUUCGUAAUUCAGAAACUGAAACUGUGCUUUUCAAUGGAUCUUGUGCAUGUAGGUCAUCAUGACAAGUCUGAUUUGCCACACUGUUGGUACACUUGGCUGAUGUUUUCAUUGAUUGCAAUCAUGUUUAUUGCUGGCAUGGUUGUGCAGUUUUGCAAGACUGCAAAGGACAGUGAUCACAGGCAAGGUAAUGAUAAAAAAACCAGACCAAAACAAAAUAAUCAGCUGAUUUACUAG